AUGAUUCUCGGUUCCAGCAUUGGCGCAUGGCAGGGCUCUCGAGUUCUCCCCCGCGAAGCCAAGGAAACGUGCCGCAAUGACAUGCAGUCAGAUACCUGCGAGAAACCCGCCAUGUCAACAGGCGAACUAUUGGUCGUUCUUCUCAUCGCCAGUCUUAUUGUCGUCUGUGGUAUUGUUGCUCUUUUAUGCGUCUUUCACCGGCGCAAACAACGCCUCGAUAAACUCGAAGACAUCAAAGGCGUUCAAGAACUCGAUGAUUACGGCCUCGCCCCCAUCAAACCAAGACCCGUGAAAUUACCCCAAGCACCACCACCGACGUAUGACAAGACGCACGAGGGAAAGCCCAACGUGACGACAGACGAUAAUUGGGAUCGAACAAAUCGAAACUCUACAGACUCGUUAACGCCGUCACUUCGCCAAGCCAUGGGCGUCACGGCCCGCGAUACACUGUCCAAUAACUAG